GAUUGUGCUUGUGUUUGAGGGUUGGGCUGAAGGACGCAAAAUCUAGCAUAACCUGUCUGUUUCUGAUGAGGAGUGCUGUUAACUGGUUCUUAUUCUCAACCAGUAGUACAGCAAUGAUCGAUCUGAGACAUAAUGUGAACACAUUGACCAGAGAUCUGAGAGUGUAUUUAGAAAAUCAGGUCAAAAUCAAUCUGUCAGGUUCCGGCGUAGGUUUGUCUCUUGUUUUAGGAUUUGGUGCAGCCUACAUCUGUUAUUACCUGAGCUCAAUUGCAAAGAAGCCGCAGCUUAUCACAGGGGCAGAAACAUUGUCUCAGUUUCUACAGAGGUAUUGUCCUGUGGUAACAGAGACUUAUUAUCCGACCUUUUGGUGCUGGGAAGCAAGAAUCCAGACACUGCUCAGGCCAUUCAUCACCACCAAACCUUGGGUGAAAUACAGAAAUCAACUUAUUAAGACAGCAGAUGGUGGACAUAUUUCCUUGGAUUGGAACGAUAGCGAUGAAAAUGCACUAUAUCCUGUUUCUGCUACCAGACCUAUUAUCAUUAUCCUACCUGGACUUACAGGAACAAGCAAGGAAUCGUACAUACUGCACAUGGUUAAACAGAGCGAAGUACUUGGAUACAGAUCUGUUAUUUUCAACAACAGAGGAGUGUCUGGAGAGGAGUUGUUGACUCCUCGAACAUAUUGCGCAGCGAACACAGAAGAUUUGGAAACAGUCAUCUCACAUGUGCAGAAUACAUUUGCAGAAGCUCCGCUGAUGGCUGCAGGCGUCUCCAUGGGCGGAAUGCUCCUGUUGAACUACCUGGGUAAGACUGGCCAGCAGACCCCACUGAAAGCAGCGGUAGUCUUCUCCAUUGGCUGGGAUGUAUUUGAGUGCACGACUUCCCUUGAAAAACCACUUAACUGGAUAUUGUUUAAUUACUACUUAACCAAUUGUCUGCAGUCUUCCGUCAACAGGCACAGACCAGUCUUAGAAAAGUCAUUUGACAUAGAUUAUGUCCUGAAGGCAAAAACUAUCCGAGAAUUUGAUGAACGGUUUACAUCAGUGAUGUUUGGUUACCAAACAAUUGCUGACUACUACAGAGAUGCCAGUCCUUACCUCAAGCUAAAGUCAAUUGAAAUUCCUGUUUUGUGCUUGAAUGCUUUAGAUGAUGUCUUCUCACCAAGUCAUGCCAUACCUAUGCAAUCUGCUAAACAGAACCCCAAUGUUGCAUUACUACUAACUGCACAUGGUGGUCACAUCGGCUUCCUGGAGGGGAUAUUUCCUCGAUGGGCCACUUAUAUGGAUAGAGUCUUCAAACAGUUUACUCAAGCUGUCUUUGAGCAUAGAGAUGAGCUGAAAAAUACAUGAAUUUUGAAAUUCAUCUGUGUUGAUUGUUUCACAAAUUUACAGUCUAAACUACUGAAUAUUCUCAACAUUGGUAUUUGAGCACAUUGUAAAAUAUACAUUUACUUGCACCAUCAUGUAUUUAAAAUGGACUGUCAUUUGGUUUUGUCUAGAAAUUAAGAAAAGGUUGAAUGACAGAGCCAAGACUAUUUAUUAUACCCAGACUAAAUCUCAAUUCGUACUUGCAUUGCUUUCUUUCAUGUGAAUGUUUUUUGUUAAUUUAAAAUAUUCUGAUUAUAACUUUAUAUUAAUUUCAAUAUAGAACUUCAUCUUAAUCAUAUUUUGCUCAUUUCUGCAUAACCAAUUGGCACAGAACUUCUACAAUUACCACAUUAUUGAUGGUAAAUUGAAAUCCUCAGGGCUAUUAUUUACCUUAUGGUCCAGUGCUUCAAUUUUUCCUCAACAUACUUGCAAUUCAUAACAUGAUUGAAUUGUUGAGAAUACAUUUGCACAUAAUUUAACAUCUGUCCAAAUAACCUACUUUGUAACACUUAUGUAUCUAAAGCAAAGGUAAUGAUAUAACAUAUGAAUAAAGAAGCACAGAUACUACUAGAAUAAUAAUCUUGCCUCAAAAGCAAUGCAGUAAAGCACAGGUAUUGCUGAUGAAUUUUAUUUUAACUCCGAUUUAAUUACUUUCAAAUUAUUAAUCUACUUUGAUUAUACCAAUGAUAUAUUCCUUAAAAGCUUGAAAACGAAAAUAAAUCAAUAUUACUUUUAAGCCAACUGUGAUCAACUCUGAAUUGAAGUGUGUUUGAGAGCUGUCACUAUGAAAGCAAUAUAUUAGAACCUAAGCUGUUGUAUUUACACAGUCGGUGCUACUGAGUUUGCCAUGAGUAACUUAGUUGUCUGUCGAGAGGGUCCCAGGCUUACCAUGAUCUUCCAGUACUUGUAGUACAAUAACAGAUUGUAUAUGAUAUUGUGGGUAAAAUAUGUAACUUUUUUCUGAGAAAACUCUUAAAG